UCCGGUACAUAAAUCCCCAUUUCACAAAUCCCACCAGAAAAAAAAAUAAAUUGUGAAGUGAAAGAAUGGCUGCUGCUGCAGCAACAUUUGGUCACCAUAUCCUAAGGGUUCAUUCAAAACCCUCUUCUUCUUUCUUGUUUAAUAAAAUCAAACAAUCAUCAUCAGUAAAUGGAUUUAGGAACACAUCUUUCUUUUUCGCCCGCAGACACAAAUGCACACAAACACUUGCAACUUCUUCUUCACUCCUUGAACUUGGUGGUGUUAAAAUUUCCAAACAAGAUGUCGUUAAGGAUGAACCGACAAAUAAUGUCCCUGAUUUGAUUUUCACUAAACUUGGAUUACAGCUUCAUAGGAGAGAUAAUCAUCCUCUUGGGAUCCUCAAGAAUGCAAUAUACGAGUAUUUCGACACCAACUACAACAAUCAGUUUCAUAAGUUUGACGAUCUCUGUCCUAUUGUCACUACUAAACAGAAUUUUGAUGACGUUUUAGUGCCUGCUGAUCAUGUAAGCAGGAGUUACAAUGAUACAUACUAUGUUGAUGCAGAAACUGUGCUGAGGUGCCACACUAGUGCCCAUCAGGCUGAUCUAUUAAGGGAAGGGUAUGCCAAUUUUCUUGUUACUGGUGAUGUUUAUCGUAGAGACUCAAUUGAUUCAACUCAUUACCCUGUAUUCCAUCAGAUGGAAGGAGUUAGAGUCUUCACUCCAAAUGAUUGGAAUGGUUCCGGCGUGGAUGGCACUGCAUAUGCUGCACAAGAUCUAAAAGCAUGCCUCGAGGGUUUGGCACGUCAUCUAUUUGGUGCGGUCGAAAUGCGCUGGGUUGACUCUUAUUUUCCAUUUACAAAUCCAUCUUUUGAACUUGAGAUAUAUUUCCAGGAGAAGUGGUUGGAGGUUCUUGGUUGCGGUGUGAUGGAACAAGAAAUAUUAAAACGGGGUGGAAAAACUGAUAAUACGGCUUGGGCUUUUGGACUUGGGUUGGAGCGUUUGGCAAUGGUCCUAUUUGACAUCCCUGAUAUUAGACUCUUUUGGUCUACUGAUAAGCGAUUUACGUCUCAGUUUACGAAAGGUCAACUUGGGAUCAAGUUCAAGCCAUUUUCAAAGUAUCCGCCUUGUUAUAAAGACAUGAGUUUCUGGAUCAAUGAUUCAUUUACUGAAAAUAAUUUAUGUGAGAUUGUCAGAGGGGUUGCUGGUGAUCUCGCCGAAGAGGUACAACUGAUUGACAACUUCACCAACAAAAAGGGAAUGACCAGUCAUUGCUAUAGGAUUACAUAUCGCUCCAUGGAGCGUUCUCUUACAGACGAGGAAAUUAACGAACUACAGUGGAAUGUUCGAGACAAGGUGCAAAGUGAGAUGAAUGUUGAACUAAGAUAGUUUUCAUUAUCAUAAUGAAGUUUUGUGAAUACCUUCCAUCUAUUUACAGCAUUUGUUUUCGAUUGAUGACAUUUUCAUAAGCUGCAUUGUUACGUUAUAUGCACCUGUCUUUAUUUUGAUCCAUACAACAAUUUCUAUAAGUUUUAGUGUAGUUUCUAGCAUGUAAGCAAGAAUGUGAACUAUAUGUAAACUUUAAAGUACUAUCAAUCAAAUUUGCGUUGGUCUUUA